AUGCUGGAGAAGUUCCCCAAGGCCGUGGAGCCCGCGUGGUGGUGGCCGCGCCGCCGCCCGCAGCAACAGCCGAAGAGCAGCACCACCACCACCCGGUCCAGGAGCUUCGGCCGCCGUGGCGUCCACACCACCUCCAACGGGUGGAGCCAGGAGCUGGAGGAGGAGAUGCGCAGCCUGCUGCGCGUGCUCCGUGACAAGGACGAGCACCAGUACCUAACGGUGGGGAAGCUGGUGGUGUCCAUCAACCGUGGCCUCGCCGUGGCGGUGGCCGCGGCCUUCAUCGGGACCGGCGACGGCGCGUGGGCGUCCGCUGGGCAUGCUGUUCGAGCUGCUGCAAGAAUCGCACCGAAGUUCUACCGCAAGGUGCAGGAGGACAUCGAGGCCGCAUACGGGGACGCCGACGUGGAGCGGCGGGAGAACGGGGAGGUGUUCCGGACCAAGGUCGCCCUGCUGCUGGGCCGCGACGUGGCGGAGCUCCGACAGUUCAGAAGGAUGGCGUCGGCGUCGGUGAAGGAUGACGAUAUCAAGGACUACGCCGGGAAACUCUUCUGA